CGUAAAUUAGAGCAGUUUAAGUACAGUUACUACUGUCAAACACAUUUUCUGCUUUGGGGCAGUAAAUUGUCGUUUAGUCUAUUUUUGACAAACCAUAUGUCUAAAUAAGGCAUACAUUACCAUUAUGGUGUCGUUAUUAAUUAUAAGUUGACAGAAUGAGGAGAGUUGCUAGAGGUCAGGAGGUCAAGGUCAUUUCAUAGAGCUUAAUGUCCAAAGGUCAUCAAGGACAUCUGAUAGGCUACCAAUAAUUUAAACCGAAAAUACCGAGACAUACUAUCUUGAAACCAUGGCGAAGCGUCCAGACCACAUCAGCCUUAGCUGCAAGGCCAAGGUCGCCUUUUCCCCUCUCUCUGAAGGAUCUGUGACUCCUGGGGGUCAAAGUCUGGGUCAAAGGUCAUUAGGUGUGGAAAGUUCAACGAGUGGGUACUCAGUGAGUAGUGGAUCCAAGUUAAUCAAAGGUCUGACAGAGCGAGAUCUGAUCAUCGAGGAACAACUGUGCCAAAUUAAUAUUCCUUCAGAUGAAAGGCAGUGUGGAAUUGGCAGAUUUAGACCAAAAUGUAUCCAAGGUUGCGCCAGUAUCAAAUUGUUCGUCGUCAUGAUGUGUGUACUGAUUACAAUGUCUGGGACUCUUUCAACAGGUUAUCUUAACAGUGUGAUAACCACCAUAGAAAAAAGAUUCGAACUCGGUAGUACCAUAUCCGGCUUAAUCGCAGCGUCAUACGAAUUUGGGAGUCUCGUUACUGUUGUUUUUAUCUCAUACUUUGGUGGACGUCGCCAUAUUCCGCGAUGGAUCGGGAAAGGCGUUAUCAUGAUGGGCUGCGGUGCUUUGCUGUUUGCUCUGCCACAUAUCAUAGCAAAAAAGUACACAGUGCAUCAGGGUAUAAUAUCAAACAGUACAGAUGAAAAUAUAUGUAAAAUCGUUGAUGGGAAAAAAUCAGAUGAGAACUGUCUGGAUAAAAAUGCGGGGAAUUUGUCAUACGUCUUGAUAUUAAUCAUUGCGCAAAUAUUAAUCGGCACUGGCGGUACACCAAUAUUCACACUUGGGACGACAUAUAUCGACAACCACGUGUCGAAAGACAAAUCUCCUGUUUACCUUGCCUUUACCUAUGCGACAGGAGCCCUUGGACCAGUUGUGGGUUACGCGCUGGGUGCGUUACUUCUCCAGUUCUAUGUUGACGUAUUCAGCUACAAGGUGCACCUGUCGCCCGCCCACCCUCGCUGGAUCGGAGCAUGGUGGGGCGGCUUCAUCAUCUGCGGAUUUGUCCUGUUCUGUAUCGCCAUUCCAUUCCUGAUGUUCCCACAGGUUUUGAUAGAGGAGAAGCGAAAGGUUUUGGAGAAAAAAGCCCGUGAGGAUCUACUAAGUCCAGAAACAAAUGAAACCACCUCACAGAUAGUGGACUAUGGCAAAGAUGCUAAAGAUAUCCCGAAGUCAAUCCUGCGGUUGUUGAAAAACAAGAUCUACCUGGUGACCAGUUUUGGAAUUUGCUGCGAGAUUUCCAUCGUCAGCGGUUUUGUUGUCUUCCUGCCGAAAUAUAUUGAGACUCAAUUUGGGACAUCGAAAUCAGAAGCAUCGCUGUUCACAGGUGGUAUAGCCAUCCCAGGUGCUGUGUUUGGUGUCCUCAUGGGUGGCUUUCUGCUGAAACGCUUCCAGAUGGGGCCUAAAGGGGCGAUUCAGCUGACCAUUUUUCUUGACGCUCUAGCCUUGAUUGGCUGCGGGUUUUUCUUCUUUCUUGGAUGUGAUAACCUGAAAAUGGCAGGUGCAACUUUCCCGUACUUCAACAGUUCCGGCUACAACCUUGUGGAAGAUUUUUAAUAUGAAGCUAACCUGACCUCCUCCUGUAACAUGCUUUGUGACUGCUCGAACAACAACCUUGAGCCGAUAUGCGGGAUUAACGGGCUGACCUACUUCUCCCCGUGUCACGCCGGUUGUACACAGUUUAAUAACAACAACCUUGAACCAAACCAGUAUACCAUGAACUUCACCGCCUGUUCCUGCAUCCUUGGCGACCACCUGCGUUCCGAGGUUAUCAUGUCUCCUGUAGCAACGAGCGGCCCAUGUAAAUCAACGUGUCAAAACCUCCUGCCAUUCCUAAUCCUGCUCGUGUUCAUGACCUUCUGUGUGGCGGGAACACAGAUGCCCAUCGUUAUGGUUACACUCAGGUCUGUGAGAGAUGAAGAGCGGUGCUUUGCCCUGGGGAUGCAGUUUGUGAUAUUACGCCUCUUUGCCUACAUCCCUGCGCCGAUGGUGUUUGGCCACAUUAUAGACACGGCUUGCCUGUUAUGGAAACAGAAGUGCGGAGAUAACGGCUCGUGUCUCAUCUAUAACAUUGAAAUGUUCAGAUAUAGAUAUGUGGGAACGUCAGCCGUGUUGAAGAUUGUCGGAGGAACAUUGUUCACCAUUGUGUGGUUCAUGUUUCGUCAGAAAAACCAACGCGAGAAAGAACGUCAAUUGAAAGGAUUGUCGGUGACUGAAAUGAUGAAUUCUGUGACAUCAAUCAACAAACUAAACCUAUCAUCAAAAUCUACAGCAUCAGGCAAAUUGCCAUGUGACCAAGCUUCUGAUGACUCGGAUCAGGAGGAAAAUUACAAUCUUCCAGAGGACACAGAUCUUGAUCAAGCUUCCAAGCCUGUAAAAGACACAGAUUUAGCAGAAGCUGAUUUUGUGUUUGACCAUGAAGGUAGUUUGGAAAUUCAGCCAGGAAUGUCAUAUCAAAAAGUUGACACACAUGAAUCAGAGCUUUAGUAAUCCUUGUAAGUUAUUGUCAUAUCUCAUAUUAACAGCAUUUGAACAUUUGUAUUUUACUUUCUUGCUUCACUCCGAUUGCUUAUUCAAGUUUCUAUAUUCUUUUCAACAGACAUAAAACACAGAAACGAUUCAUUUCCUGAAUUUAACCCAAAAAUUUACGUUGUAAAAAAAAAAUCAAGACAAUUAAAAUAAUAUAACAGUAUAUAAGGAUUGAUUCCUAUUUUCUAUGUGCACAUACAAUACUGACCAAUUUUGUGAUUUUCUAAAAACAACAACAAAGGAUCAUGGGUGAAAGUUGAAAAUUUUGAAAAA